GGUCGUCGUCGGGUUCAACUGAGCGACGACGACGCGCCGCCACCGUUGAUAUAACCGGCGUGCGUUGAUCCUCCGACGGUCAGUCGCGGCAGUUAGUUUCUCGAAUCAGGACGGUUCUCCCCUCAGGAAAAGGAAGAACCGGGUGCGCGGUUAAGAAUCGUUGUCAGUGUGUUUGUUGGUGAUUGUUUUAUCCGGUGGAGAAAAGGAUUAGAAUAAUGUGGAGAUCGGCACUCUGUUUGGCGCUGCUGGGCGCCUUUGGGGCCGUCAGCGGAACGACGAAACUGCAGGAACGGUACAACUGGCGCCAGUUGGACUUUGUGUUCCCGAACCAGCAGCUGAAGCAGCAGGCCCUGGCCAGCGGGGACUACGUGCCGACCAAUGGACUCCCGGUCGGAAUCGAACGGUGGGAGAACAAGCUCUUUGUGUCGGUGCCAAGAUGGAAGGACGGCAUCCCAUCCACUCUGAACUACAUCGAUAUGAAUCAGACCCCGUCGGGUUCUCCCCCACUGAUCCCGUACCCCAGCUGGGCCAACAACGUCGCCGGAGACUGCCAGAACGGCCUAUCCACCGUCUACCGUAUCAAGGCUGACAAGUGCGGACGCCUCUGGGUCCUGGACACCGGUACCGUCGGAAUCGGCAACACCACCCAGCAGCUCUGCCCGUACGCACUGAACAUCUUCGACCUGAAAACCAACACUCGCCUGCGUCGGUACGAACUGCGUGCCGAAGACACCAACCAGAACACCUUCAUCGCUAACAUUGCCAUUGACAUGGGACGCAGCUGCGACGACACCUUUGCCUACAUGUCCGAUGAGCUGGGCUAUGGACUGAUUGCCUACUCGUUCGAAAAGAACAAGUCCUGGCGAUUCGAGCACAGCUUCUUCUUCCCGGAUCCGCUGCGCGGUGACUUCAACGUCGCCGGUCUGAACUUCCAAUGGGGUGAGGAAGGCAUCUUCGGAAUGUCACUUUCUCCAAUGCAAGCCGACGGUUUCCGCACCAUGUACUUCUCUCCUCUGGCUAGCCACCGCGAAUUCAUGGUUUCCACCCAAGUUCUGCGCGACGAAGAAGGAGCUGAGGAAAGCUUCCAUAAGUUCAGCUAUCUGAAGGAACGAGGACCAAACAGUCACACCACUUCCCGAGUGAUGAGCGAAACCGGACUGCAGCUGUUCAACCUGAUCGAUCAGAACUCCGUCGGAUGCUGGCAUUCAUCGCUCCCAUACAGCCCCGAAAACCACGGAAUCGUCGAUCGCGACGACGUCGAACUGGUCUUCCCCGCUGACGUCAAGAUCGAUCAGGAAGAGAACGUGUGGGUCAUCUCCGAUCGUAUGCCCGUUUUCCUCAUUGCCGAACUGGACUACAGUGACGUCAAUUUCCGCAUCUUCUCCGCCCCGCUGAGCACUCUGGUCGCCGGAACCGUCUGCGACGUGCGGCCGCAUCUCCACGCCGCCCCUGGUGCCAUCCAGUCCAAAUUCGGUGGAUCCGAUCUGACGACAUAUUCGGACGUCACCCUCCUCCCACCCGGCUACACUCAACCCAUCAGCUACACCCCGUCUGCCUAUGCUCCAACCGUAGCUCCGGUCGCCAAGUACACGUCUGCUCCGGCGUACGAGCACCCGACCUCUCACAUGUACACGACUCAGGAAUAUCCGUCGACAGCCAAGGCGUACCACUACAACAAGUACCACGGCAUUGAGUACCAAACGCACGGCAAUGGUCAAGCCGACUACCACUUUGGUCACGGCGGCCACUACCAGCAGCACGACCAAGGUCAGGACCAAGGAUAUUACGGCGGCGGUGGUCACCACCACCGGUAUUGGGGAGGAGCUGGCGACAAGAAGUCGGAAUCCUGGAAGCAGCAACUGUAUUAGAAAUCCACCUUCGGCUGCUGCCUUUGAGGUCAAGCCGGUACCAUUAUCAUUUUAGGGAGAUUUAGGUAAAUUAUUUGUCAGUGUACAUCUACUCGUCAUGUGUCCUAACUUUAAGUCAGUGUAAGAACGAACGAACCAACUCAAGUCGAAUAAAAUAAGAUUUUUGUUACGAAA